AGUCCAAGGCUUGGCCAGCAGAGACCCAGAGCCCAGGAAGUGGCAGGUAUUUGUCUAUAGGUAAUCCCUCUUAAAUAGUCUCAGUGAGCACAUUAGAGUCAUGCAGUACAACAGAGUGAGUAGAACAGCACACUGUUACUGCAUCUGUACUUUCAACCCACAGAUUAAACCAGAUAAAAGCUGGAGUUAUUGUCUCAAUAACUCAAUAACUCAAAAUUCAGAAUGAAUUUCGCUGCCCAGUAUUUCUUCACAAACUAUGUGGCGGAGAACUCACCAGCACGCAAGGGAUUCCGUGACAUUGAGGACUACGACCCCUUCUGGCACAGCAAUAAUGAUCAGCCUUUGAGCAGCAGCAUAAAGUCAUGCUCCUUCCAUGAAGGCAGAUGCCAAAAAGACAUCAUCAGCAAUGGAGUCCUUUCCCAUCGAUCCACCCUCAUCUGCCCAGAGCGUCUCCGAGACUUUGGUGCUGAAGAGUACUUGAAUGGAGACGUGAGACCCUUUAUAACCAAAGUGAUGGAAGUGCCUGAGAUAAAACUAAAGGCACCUCCUAAACCCGCCAUCAAAAUCAACAAGGACUACAUGCCUUCACUCAAGCCACCUCUUGCUGAGUGCCUUGUCUUUGAGGACAUCAGUGCAGCAGCAUUAAAUAUCCAACAGUCAGGAAUUCAGAAGACCCCCUGCACAUACUCUAGAUUAUCCAAACUCUACGGAAUGGAGAUUUAUCUGAAGAAAGAGUACCUCCACUACACAGGUUCAGUAAAGGAGAGAGGAGUUUUGUAUCUGCUGUCUUCCCUAAAACAGGACCAGCAGAAGAAAGGUGUCAUUGUGGCCACAGACUGUAAUUUCUCCAUGGCAGUGGCUCACCAUGCAGUGGGGCUGAACAUCCCAGUCUUUGCAAUAAUGCCUGCCUACAUUUCUCCUCCACGGCUGCGCAUGUACCGGGACUAUGGGGCCAUGGUAAUCUCCUAUGGCAGCACGGCACGGGAUUCACAAAACCAUGCUCGCCAUCUGGCCAAGGAGAAUGGCUACUUUUGCCUAGAAGAGAAUGAUAGUAUAGUGUACCUGGCAGGUUUGGGUACAGUAGGCAUAGAGCUCCAUGAGCAAGUGCCCAAGCUGGACGCAGUCAUUGUGCCUGCUGGGGGACAGAGUGGAGUGCUGGUUGGGACUGCAGCUGCCAUCAAACACCUAAACCCUCACAUCUCAGUCAUAGGUGUAGAGCCAGAAGAGUUUCCACUUCUACUACAGUCCCUCAGAACAGAUUCUUUUGCCAGUGAUUUCUCCCACAACACAAAUAACAAGCUUUAUAGAGAUUUCACACAGCACUCUUUGGGAGCACACACUUUGCUAAUGGCCAAGAAAAUGGUGGAUAAAAUGAUCUCUGUCAGGGAGAAAGACAAUUUGGUGGCCAUGCUGAGGAUUCAGGAAUAUGAGCACACCAUUGUAAAUACUGAGGGAGCCAUGGGACUGGCAGCCAUUUUGGCUGGUCAACUUCCAGAGCUAAAGGGCAAAAGAGUGGCAGUGGUAGUUGCCUGUGCUAACAUGGAGCUGGACAUGGUGAGGGAUUGUAUAGACAGAGCUCUGGUGCUAGACAACCGUGUGAGCCGCUUCACUGCUCAGCUGGAAGAUGGGCCAGGAGACAUAGCUAAACUGCUGAAUAUACUGGCUCGGGAAGAUGUCAGGCUGUUGGAUAUUUGCCACAGGAGGUACAGUGAUAGGGUAGAUCUCUUCAAAGUACAGGUGGAGUGUGUUGUGGAGCUGAAGGAUAAGAGUCAGAACUGCCAUCUACACAGGACAUUGUCUGAUAUCUACCCCACACUGCACUGGCUGGAUCAGUGAACUUAUCCUAAUGACUGCUGUACUGACCAUCUGUGUUUUCGUGUGAACGUGUGCACACAUCAUGACUAGCUUUUGCAAACUCAAUCACUAGUUCUUACUUACAUUUCUCUCUGGGAUGAUUAAAGUGAUCUAUUUAUCUAUAGACAAAACACAAACAUGGAACAAACAGACACAACAAAGGAAUACAUAAACACACACAGGACAAACAUCAGAUACAUACAUAUCCAUGAGGUCAAUGUUAAUGUAAAGCAAUUUUUUUUUUGGCAGCAAUGUUUCUAGUUAUGUUUGAGUAAGCUUUAUUUCAGCCAGAACUCUCAGGAUGAAGAUGGCAAGGUUAUUUAUAGGCGUGUAGACAGACUUGCUCUGUUCAAAUUCAGAGAUGUUAAGAACCAUGCUGCAGUUAAUGGAGUAAAAGGGACUAGCAGAUCUAUACAGGUGAUGCAGAGAGGUGGCAGGUGAAAUAGCAUGACGUAUGGCACACACAACCGUGGUGCCCGUCUUGUUUUUUUCUAGUUAGGUUACACAGAUAGAGAAGCACCACCAAUAGGCUGUGGCACCAGUUUUGAGAAAUCCUCCAAGUGGCAUUUAUUAAUUUUGCUCUAAGUAUAAUGAAUAAGGGGCAAAGACUUUACUAUUCUGCAAAUGUAUAAAAAAUGUAGAUGACCAUAGAUUAUAUUUGUGUUAACUCUGUGCUCUUGUAUCUGUGUGGUGUUUAUCAAUCAAUACCCACUUAUUGUUAUAUAAGGACUCAUAAGAGUUAAUUAAACAUCAGACAUCAGAA